AUGAGGCGAGGUGCACGUGCUCCCGUGCCGAGACGUGGUGCAGGACGGUCACGUAAGAGGACGUUGGAGUCCCUGACAGCAGAGUCGCCAGAGACGUCUACGGGGGUUGAGUCUGUCGGUCAGGAACAAACUCUUUACGGUGUUGCAGGCGCGUCGGGCUCCCAGACCCCGAUGACUCCUUUAGAGGUACCUACCUUGGUUGCACCCGUUAUACCCACCCCUACAGUAUUUACGGUACAACCAACGGAACCACCGACAUACCCGACACCUACUCCGGUCGAGCUCACUACGUACCCGGUACCACCACCACCAGUGCCUAUGGCGUACCAGGAACCACCACCAUCGGUGCCUACUGCACACCCGACACCUGCACCAGCAGCAGCAGUUGCUCUACAUCCGGUACCCCCACCUACCGUACCUCCAGUCGCGCCCACUUAUACUGACCCUGCAGUGCCACCAGUGGCACCUGCCCCGGCCUAUGCCACAGCACCGGGGAUACCUCCCCCGGCCUAUCCAGCGAUACCACCUGUAGUACCAGCUCUAGUGGUUUCGCCAGUUCUUGCAGUCGUCCCUACUCAUCACACUGAUAUAGUUGCGGCACGAGCUCGGAUCCCAGUUUUGGCAGAGUCGAUGAAAAGUCGAUUCGCCCUAUUCCAUGGAGAGACCGAUCUGAAUGUGGCCCAAUCCUGGAUGGAGACCAUGGAGCAGACCUUCUUCUAUAUGGCUUGCUUCAAGUGGUAG